AUGGAAUAUACAAAUAAAAAUGAUACAGUCUAUAAUGAAGGUUCAUUAUAAAAGGAAUUUGAUAUAUCUCCAAUUUUAGAGAGAAGAUCUUGUACUUCACCUAAAAAUCUAAUUAGAAUUGACACUAAGAAUAAAAACAUAACAUAAGAAGAUUAUGAAAUAUUGACUAUAAUAAAUAAUGAUGAUAUUACAUAUUAAGUAUUUAUUGAGUAAUAUACUUAUACAAAUAAAUCAAUGUAAAUAAUAGAUUUUAAAUAUUAGAACAACAAGAUCAUUUACAAAUGAUGAUUCUACAUUAUUAAGUAAUUAAAGUAUGAAAUACUAUUUAUAUCAAAAUUGUACUGAAUAUAGUAUGUAAAAUCCUGAAAAUGCAUGGGAUUUUAUUUAUGUAAAUGUAAUCUUAAUGGAAAACAAUGAUAAAAAUCAUACAUUUCCAUUUUAAUUUACAUAUACUUGUAAUGAAAAUUAUAAUUUUAUAACUUUUGAUUGGAGUUUAAUAAUAUUAAUAUCUAUAAGUAUGAUGUUAAUGGCUUUAUUAACAAGAUUUUCAAGAAUAUUAUCAUUUAGUUUAAAAGGAUAAAAUGGAAGAUUUUAAGGUUUUAAAAUAGAUAUAAUUAUAACUAUCUUUUAUUUUGUAAUGUAUACUAUUGGAUUCUUUUUGGUUUUUAAUUCAAAUUAUAUUGAAGAACUUACUAUUGUAGUAAAGAUUUCUACAUAUCUAAUGGGAUUUUCAUGUUCAUUAUUUAUUAUAGAUGAAGUAUUAUAAUAAAAUAUAUUUAGGCAUUAAAUUUAUCUCCUGAUGGAUCAUUUUGGAAAAGAAAAGUAUUUUAUAAAAUAAGAUUAUGUGAAAUAUUCUCAUUUAUGCUUGCCUCUGCAUUUAUGACAUUAUAUUUAUUUACUUAGGCUUGGUAUUUAAGUGAUUUAAUAUCAAUUUUUAUAAUGUCUACAAUAGCCAAAUUAUUCAAAUUUAAAAAUCUUAAAAGUGCUUUUCUUUUUUUGAUAAUAUGUAUAAUGUUAGAUGGAACAGCUGCAUCAGUAAUAUAUUUUGCAACUAAAUAAUCUUAUAAUUCAUUAACAUUAAAGAUUUUGAAUUGUCCAAUUGAAUUACAAUUACCAUUAUUAGAAUUAUAAUAUGAUAGAAGUUGUGCAUGGAUAUCAUUAUUUAGUAUAGCAAUACCUGGAUUGUAUAUGGGAUUCACAUAUAGAUUUGAUAAAAAUAAAAGAACAUUUUCAUACACUAUAUUUACUGGUUUGGGUUUAAUUAUUGGUUAUAUAAUUUGGAUAACUACUACUAUAGUAUAAACAUAUUCAAUUCCAUCAAGUAUUUUUAUAUAUCCUUCAAUAUUGAUUGGUACAAUUAUAGUUGCUUUAAAGAGAAAUGAAUUGCAAUCAAUUUGGGAUACAGAAUUCUUUGAUGAGUUUUUAGAGAAAUAAUAUAGAUUAUCAAAUAUAUAAGGAUAACAUGAUAUUGUUAAUCAUCUUAAUUUAAUGGAAGGAUUAGAUUAAUGUCCAGAUGAAUAACCAACUUAAAGUAGAAUAUUUAAAUGA